AUGGCGGGUUCUCGGACGCAAAACUGGCAGUCAUUGGGAGUUCUGGACUCUACUACAGAUCACGAAUUCGCUAUUCCGGUGAAACGCAUCAAUGAUGGAGACGAUGUCUCCUUCUUCCUUACCUCAAAAGCAUACAAAGACAUUAUGACCUUCCUGCUUCAGCUCAAUGCGUCCAUGUUCCCUCGAAAAAGCAAAGUCGAAGAAUCUCAAGCCGAUCUCCUACAAACAUGGGAACUUGGAAGCCCGGAUAUAGAGUUCUCGUCUACUGUCAUGAAGCUUGGAGAGCUCAUGGUGAAGUUGUCGGAGUUCAUUGAAGAGGCACCUCCGGAUACUGGACCACGCAGAUUUGGAAAUGUCAGCUUUAGGAAGUGGUAUGAGCUCGUCAACAGCCGUACAUCAGCGCUUUUAGACGACUAUCUCCCUCCCAAGGUUUUGCAGCGGCACUCGAACUCACCCGAUGGUGUCACGGCGAAAGAGGAAAUCCAAGCAUAUCUACUAGGUAGCUUCGGUAGCGCGCAACGCCUGGACUACGGCACCGGUCAUGAGCUCAGCUUCCUUGCUUUCCUGGGUUGCAUAUGGAAGCUAGGUGGCUUCGCCAACGCUGAACCUGGUGUCGAAGAGCGCGGUAUUGUACUUGGGAUCAUAGAACCGUAUCUCCAACUGGUACGACGUUUGAUACUGACAUAUACCCUCGAGCCUGCGGGAUCUCACGGUGUCUGGGGCUUGGACGACCACUCGUUCUUACCUUACAUAUUUGGAUCAGCACAGCUUUCUCCAGCUAUCAGCAAUGUAGCUGACAUACCAACCGAAGGCUCUCUACCCAGUGCGCCAGAACCUGGCGACGUCGCUAAAGUUGCUGCGGUGGAGCGGGAGCGAGGCACGAACAUGUACUUUAGCGCAAUCGGGUUCAUCUACGAUGUUAAAAAGGGUCCUUUUUGGGAACACAGCCCUAUUCUGUUUGAUGUGUCAGGAGUCAAGGCGGGAUGGGCGAAGAUCAACAAGGGAAUGCUCAAGAUGUACAACGCCGAGGUACUGUCAAAAUUCCCGGUAGUCCAGCAUUUCCCCUUCGGCUCGCUCUUUCUUUGGGAGAAAGAUCCCACAGCCGUCGCCGCGCCAUCCUCAGUACACACAUCGAGCCACCCCGCAAAGCCAACGGGCCAGAUGAAUGCUGCUAUUCUAAGAGACCCGAUGCAAGAAGGCACUAGAGCGCCAUGCCCCGUGGGCAUCAAGCCAAUCUACAAGUGCAUUAAGACCAGGAGCUGGUGGGCAGCCUGCGACGAUGGCGCCAUGGGCUCGGCCACCUGGUUCGAGCCAGCAAUCUGUUGA